AUGAGCAUAGGGGAUUUCAUCGGCAUUCAGCCCUCAGAACUAAAGUUCCCUUUUGAAUUGAAGAAACAGAGUUCGUGUUAUAUGCAGUUGUCAAACAAAACAGAUCAGUAUAUUGCAUUUAAGGUGAAAACAACCAACCCCAAGAAGUACUGCGUAGGACCUAAUGCCGGUGUUGUUCUGCCCAACUCUGCGUGCAAUGUCAGAGUUACUUUGCAAGCCCAGGAGGAGGCUCCUCUUGAUAUGCAGUGUAGGGAUAAGUUUCUUGUUCAGAGUGUGGUUGCUCCACAAGGCGCAUCUAGUAAAGAUGUCACUCAAGAAAUGUUUACACGGGAAGAUGGGAAGAUAGUUGAUGAGUUUAGGUUAAGGGUGGUUUAUAUUCCGGCCAAUCCCCCGUCACCUGUGCCCGAAGGAGAGGAAGAAGCGACUUCCCCCGAGACAUCUUUGGCUGAGGAUGAGAUCAGGAAGCCCGUUUUGUCUGAGGUUUUUUUGAGUAUUAUGUUGUUUCUUUCGGUUCCUUUUAAUUUUAUUUCUGUUGUCUCAAAGUUGAAUGAGGAGAAAGCCUCUGUUACUAAGGAAAAUAAAAAGUUACUCAGAGAAUUGGAAUUGAUAAAAAAUCAAACGAGAAAAAGGCAAGGCAAUGCCUUGUCAUUUGUAGUACUGAUAUUCGGUCUGCUUCUGGGCAUACUCGUUGGAUACGUUAUUACUGGAAACCCGACUAACACCUCCGGCAAGUGUCCGGUUGAUACCCUUAAGUUGGGCAUAUGUGGCGAUUGGGUAGGACUCGUUCACGAGGUCGUGGGAACAAAACCGAGCAGCGAAUGUUGUGAGCUUUUGAAGGGCUUAGCCGAUUUUGAAGCCGCAUUGUGCCUUUGUACAGAGAUUAAGGCUAACGUGCUCGGGAUUGCGAAAGUUAAGGUCCCGAUUGCUUUGAGCCUCGCGGUUAAUUCGUGCGGAAAGAAAGUGCCACGAGAUUUUGUUUGUUCUUGA